CUCCGACCACGGCCAUUCUCCCCUCGCAGCUUCUUUGACACCUCCAUACUCCUUUUGCUACACUAGCCGUCAAUAUCCUGUGAGGUUGCUCACAAUAGUGUGCUAGGAUCACGGAAGAAGCAAAUGCUUGCGCGACAGUCUUUCACACGUGUCUGCCCAUGCGUCGGAGGACGCUGCCUCACAGCGUCUUUCUCUGGGCUGCGCGAGGUCGGUAGGCAGGAGUUCCGCAGAAGGGACUUCUCCACUGCAUCGAAUCCCGUAAGGCCCAACUCCAUCUUUUCUCCUGAGGCGGAUCCAUGGGACGAGAUUUUCGAUGAUAUCAAAGACAUGCCGCGCGUCCAACCUCCACCGACUGUUAAUCCACGCAGUCUCAAGUCGGCGUCCAUCGGGCGGGUCAAUUCCCAGGAUAUUCGGAAAGUCGCCAUGACCCGUCAGGAAAGCGUAAGAUUCAGCGAAAUGUUCGACUCUAUCUUCAAACCGAACUCCAAUGCGGCCGCAACAGGCGGUAUCGGCGAGGUUCCCGGCGACAGCCCUGUCGCCGACCAGCUUCGUACGGCUAGACGUCUCCGCUGGACCAGUGACGCGGACCAAGAGCUUGACCGCAAAAAGGAGGAGAUGGAGCUCUGUGAGAGCGACCUCCAGCUGCUCGAAUGGGCCAUGCGUGAAGUCUUCGGCGAGUCUGAGCGCUACGCUGAAGCCGCUGCACGCACUUCGUCUGAGUCCAGGCCCUUCUCUGUUUCGACCAAAAAGUCCACUCCGGACGCCUCCUCAGACUUAAACCUCCCCCUUCAACCGCUCUCCUACCCUCAUCUCCUCGCUGCGCUCAUGCGCACCUUCCGGGACAAGUACCGCGACCCGCACCUCACACUUGCGAUGUUCGACCACGCGCGGAACCUCUCGAUCGCGUCUUUCGUGUUUGGCUGCACGACGCCCGCGUACAACGAGCUGAUCGAGACGCGCUGGCGGUGCUUCCGUGACCUGCGCGGAGUGACAGAUGCGCUCGAGGAGAUGCGCGUAAACGGGAUCAAGAUGGACGGCCGGACGCGUAUGCUCGCGGAGACGAUCCGUCGCGAGGUCGGCGAGCGCACGCUCUGGCAGGAGGAGAGCUCGCUUGGGUCCGGGGAGGUCUGGGAGAUGGUCGCGCGCAUCGAGCGCCUGACGGUCGUCGAGACGCCGAAGACGAAGACGAAGCGCCAGAGCAUUACUGCCACUAGUGCGAGCACGAAGCCGACGGAGCACGCUCCUGCGAGGCGGUCGCGCAGAUGGGGAGCGGAUCAGGAGAUGUGGAAAAAGGAGGCGCUGGAUUCGGACGCUCGAGACAAUUGGGGCUUCGACAAAUGGGCACCGAAGAAGACCAGACCGGCGCAGAAGCGGCCCCUUCUACUCUGA